CAAAACUGGGAUUUUCACAUCCUAUGAAGAAAGUGACAGAGAGACAAAUAGAUAGAACUCUUGUUAGUGCCGUCAAGUAUUCAACUGUUUGUUAAGUGAAAGUGAAUGUCUUCAUCUUCAACAAAAUCCCCUGAUCACCAUGCCAUCUUGUUAGACAACAAUGGUUGUGCUAAAUCUAAUCUUGGUGACCCUUUACUAUCACAUGAUGAACAAGGUCAAGAUGGUGCAGGCUUUGUUAGGACCUCUUUCAAUGGCCUCAAUGCACUUUCAGGAAUUGGAAUUAUAUCUGUUCCAUAUGCACUUGCAGAAGGAGGGUGGUUAAGCUUAAUAUUACUCCCCAUGAUAGCUAUUAUUUGCUGCUAUACUGGAUUACUGCUAAAACAAUGCAUUGAUGCAAAUCCAAGAAUCAGAACUUAUACUGACAUUGGUGGCCUUGCAUUUGGUAACAAAGGGAGAUUAGCCGUAUCGGUUUUCAUGAACAUAGAGUUAUUUCUUGUCUCAAUUGGAUUCUUGAUUUUGGAAGGUGAUAAUUUAAACAAGUUGUUCCCGGGCAGGAGUUUCGAAAUUGGAAUGUAUAAAAUUGCAGGGAAGCAGUUCUUUGUUUUACUUGUUUCGCUUAUAAUUUUACCGACGACAUGGUUGAGAAACUUGAGUGUGCUUGCUUAUAUUUCUGCCGGCGGUGUAUUAGCUUCAAUUGUCAUGGUUGGUUCUGUUUUCUGGACUGCAACAGUCGGUGGAGUUGGAUUUCAUGAGCUCGGCCGGCCUCUGAAUAUUGUUGGAUUACCGACUUCUUUAGGCCUCUACACAUUUUGUUAUUGCGGGCAUGCAGUGUUCCCUACUAUUUGCAAUUCAAUGAAAAACAAAGCUCAAUUCUCUAAGGUAAUAGUUCUAUGUUUUGUUCUCUGCACUAUCAAUUAUGCAUCAAUGGCAGUUAUUGGCUACUUGAUGUAUGGAAAUGAAGUACAAUCUCAAAUAACAUUGAAUCUUCCUCUCCGACAUCUCAGCUCAAAGAUAGUAAUAUAUACUACAUUGAUCAAUCCGUUUACUAAAUACGCACUAUUGAUUACACCUGUUGCAACUGCCAUCGAAGAAAGAUUUCUACCUUAUAACAAGAGGUGUUUUUCGAUCGUUACAAGGACACUCUUGGUUUGUAGCACUGUGAUCAUAGCUUUGAUGAUACCUUUCUUCGCGGACCUUAUGUCAUUCAUCGGUUCACUUUUGAGUAUUGUAGUUUCAAUGUUCUUGCCAUGUUUGUGCUACCUCAAGAUCUUCAAGCAUUUGAGGAAAAGCAAGUUUGAGAUUGUUUUCAUUGGUUUAAUUUUCGUAUUCGGGGUUAUAAUUGUUAUCUUAGGUACCUACACUUCAUUGAAACAGAUUAUACAUCAAAUGCAAUAAUUUUUUUUUG